AUUAUGUAUGCAGUGCGAGAUAUGGAUUCUUUCCAAGACGGGGAAACAUUCACGACCGCAGACGGCGCAAUAUUGACCGUGAAGAAGAUUAAAAAUGUUGUGUACGUGGACGGCGGCGGAGUCCGCGCCAAGGUGACGACGUCGGAUAUCGGCUGCACCAACGGCGUCAUACAUCUCGUCAACAGUGUUCUCUUCCAGCGUGACUUCACCAUCUGGGACGCAGUCAUGGGCAACAACCAGCUGAGCAAUAUGAAGCAAUUGAUUAGCAAGAACCAGGACCUAAUUGCGACCUUAGGCGCUACAAGAAACGGACCAAUGACGGUGUUCCUGAUAAGCGACGCUGCCUUGAAUAAUCUCCCCAGCGACACGUUCGAACAUUUUACGUCAAACUACAAUUUGAUAGUCGAAGCGCUGCAUGGAUCGAUUGCACAAGGGGUUAUCCUGAGCUUCACCCUAAUAACGGGCGAGAUUGAUGUCUCUACGUUAGCGAGCAUAACUAUCACACUGCAUCAUACCGAGACAGGUUUGUACAUAGUCGGAAGUCGGAUUCGCGCUGAUGUAGUGAUCGAGGACAUCUUGUGUUCUAACGGCGUCUUACAUAUCACCGACAAACUACUACACCUUCCGACCAGGAACAUUGUGGACGAAAUGGCGGUGCAACCUGGCCUUGGGGUUAUGACUGGAAUUCUCGAUGCCAUUCCGUCUCUGAAACAAAUUCUGAAGGACACGAGUAAAACAUUCACCAUGUUCGUGCCCAGUGACGACGCGUUCACACUGCUACCCGCCCAUCGGGCUCAGAAGCUGCAAGACCCCUUCUUACUGCAACUAUUCGAAUACUUAUUACAUAUUUCACUAUAUUAA